UUUUUUUUAAUAGGCAUGGGACGUGUUAUUAGGGCUCAACGAAAGGGAGCUGCUGGUUCCGUUUCCAAAUCCCACACUCAUCACCGGAAAGGACCAGCACAUAACGGUUACCUCAAGGGAGUGGUGACCGACGUUAUCCACGAUCCAGGUCGUGGUGCUCCUCUGGCCAAGGUUACCUUCCGCCAUCCUUUCCGUUACAAGAAGCAGAAUGAACUUUUUGUUGCCGCGGAAGGUUUAUACACUGGGCAAAUCAUCUACUUCUGUAAAAAAGCCACCCUAGCCGUUGGUAACGUGCUUCCUCUGAGAUAUACCUCAGAGGGAGCCGUUAUCUGCAAUGUUGUUAUCAGUGACAACCUUGAUAACAACACAGCUAGGAUCAAGCUUCCUUCUGGUUCAAUAAAGAUUGUGUCGAGAAACUGCUGGCCUAAGGUUCGUGAUGUUGCGAUGAAUCCAGUUGAGCAUCCCCACGGAGGAGGUAACCACCAGCAUAUUGGUCAUGCAAGUACUGUCAGACGUGAUGCACCUCCUCGACAGAUGAUUGGUCUCCUUGGUUUGAAGAAGAUUGGUCGGUUUAGAGGACAUGCUGCUGCAAGUGCUGCUAAGGGUGAUAAGUAA